GCGUCUUGACGCAGCAGGUUGCCGCUGGUGCGUCAGGAGGAGACGGGAGGAGAGAUGCCAUAACAGCAGCAGCAUCAGGACCAGAGAGCGAACCCCAGCAGAGACCCGAACCCCGUCCGAGCUCCGGCCCUGCGGGACGCCUCUCAUGCUCCACCCGCCCCGCAGUGCGGUAGUGCGGGAUCCGAACGCAGGACAGCGGCGGGCAGCGGCGGAGGAGCGGAGGAUGCACUGCGGUUUGUCGGCAGGCCUGUGAAGAUGAGCGUGACGUCAUGGUUCCUGGUGAGCAGCUCCGGCACGCGGCACCGCCUCCCCAAGGAGAUGAUCUUCGUCGGCCGCGAGGACUGUGAGCUCAUGCUGCAGUCGCGCAGCGUGGACAAGCAGCACGCCGUCAUCAACUACAACCCAACAACUGAUGAACACCUGGUGAAAGACUUGGGCAGCCUGAACGGGACGUUUGUGAACGACCUGCGGAUCCCUGAUCAGACCUACAUCACACUCAAACUGUCCGACAUCAUCCGCUUUGGAUACGAUUCUCAUGUCUACGUUCUGGAGAAAAGUCAACACAAAGUCCCGGAGGAGGCGCUGAAGCAUGAGAAGUACAGCAGUCAGCUGCAGAUGAGCCUGAAGGCCGCAGAGGGGAAGAAGAGUGAUGAAGAGGAGGGACAGCGAGGCGACAAGACGACGAGCACAAAGAGCAUCACACAAGAAACCCCGGUGAGUCGGCCCACGCCUCUGUAUGGCCAGCCGUCCUGGUGGGGAGAGGAGGAUUAUGGGAGUAAAGUCCAAAGCAGCGACGAGCCUCAUUCAGAUUUUCCUGGAGCUCUCUCCGACUCUCAACCAAAGACCGUCUUCCCUUCCUACCACCGCGAGCCCAGCUACUUCGAGAUUCCCACCAAGGACUUCCAGCACCAGAAAACCUCCGAGGCGGAGCUCCAUGAGAUCCCCACCAAGGAUACGGACGCCCCCAACGCCCCGCCCUCCCCGCCAACCCCGACGCCGCCCGUCGUCCAAAGCCACGCCUCUUUCACCAUCGAAUUUGACGACUGCAUGCCCGGCAAGAUCAAGAUCAAAGAUCACGUCACCAAGUUCUCGACUCGCCAGAGGAAGGGUCAGGCGCCCCCCGCCAAGACCGCCGCCACUGCUGCGCCCGCAGAGAUGAUGUCAGCGCAGAGCAAGGUGGCUGAUUGGCUGGUCCACAGUGAUGUCAGCAUGAUGAAGAGGCAUCCGCCAUGCGAGGACGUCUACAGCACCAAGAGUGACCUCGCCAUGAACAUCAAGACCCUUAAAGGUCAUCAUCAUGAGGAUGGAACCCAGAGUGACUCUGAAGACCCGGUUCUUAAAGCCAAAAGUAAAUCCCAGCACUCUGUCCAAUCAGAGCAACCUGAGACACCCGAGCAGACGGUCCAGUCCAGUCAGCAGCCGGUUCCAGCACAGAAGCUCCACCAUGUGCUGCAGUACUCUCCGCCCAGACAGGCCCCAGCCUCAGCUGUGGCCCCUGAUCGGCCCCUGUCCCAGAGCCCUCCCCAGCCACCAUCGCCCACAGAAAUGUCCAAACAGGGACUGUCUGAGCACCUCACCCAGCAGGCCUUCAUCAUCGAGUUCUUUGACGACAACCCGCGCAAGAAGCGUUCACAGUCCUUCACCCACAACCCCGCUCACGGCGACUCUUACUCCACCCUCAAGGCCAAGAUGGAGCGACGGAAAGGUGGUGAGAGGCCGGCAUCUAUGCAUGGACACAUCCCUCCCACCCAGCAGGUGACGAUUCCUCUGAAGAGUCAGGGCCACAGUGGCCCUCAGAGGUCAAGCUCUCUAAAGCGGGAGAAGACAGAAGGGGAGGCAGGUUCCUCAAGCUCCUCCUCUCGCUCUUCAUCCGGCAUCAUCAUCAGACCUUUUGGCAGUGUUGGGAAGAAGUCAAAGCUUGCCCAGGAGUUUGCUGCAGAGUUCCUGAAGGACUCUGGUCAGAAGGAUUCCUCCCCAACCAGAGACAAAGUCUCACCUCCACCAAUGUCUGCUCCACCAGUGAUGGUUUCGCCCCCUCAUGCCCAGAUCCCUUCCCCACAGGAACCUCCAGCACUUUCUUCAGUUUCCUACCCGUCAUCCCCGUUACAACCUCCAGUAGCCUCAAAGUCCUUCAAACCGGCCAUUGGUCCAGCCCAGGUGGCUCCUCUGGGCCAUCCAUCUGCACCACACAUGUCUCCCAUGUUGUCUUUGGGAGUCCAUGGGGGAGACCCCAAAAUUUCCCAGAGGAUUGUGAGAAAUGAGGAAGACGACAGCUUGAGUGAUGCCGGGACUUACACCAUAGAGACCGAGUCACAAGAUAAGGAGGUGGAGGAGGCCCGCAACAUGAUUGAUCAGGUGUUUGGCGUCCUUGACUCUCCAGAGUACAGUGGCGUGACCACAGGAGUCUAUAGACCUGUCAUACAUGAAGGCAAAGAUGAGCACCGUACCCUGUCUGGUGAUGGUACCAGUGUGGACCUAUUGCAUGGUUUUAUCCCAGCAGCUGUCAGUGCCCCCCCAACAGGUCCCAUGCAGGUUCAGAUUCACGCAGCUGAUCUUGAAGGACCUAAAUGGGUUUCUCGGUGGGCCAGUCUGGCAGACAGCUAUGCCGAACCUGGUUCUACUCCUCCUCAAGGGGAAUGUCUCGAAGAUUUGCGUUACAUGAACCAGUCAGUGGGAAGCUACAGCUAUGACACCUCAGAGUCAGAGACGAGCCACAGCUCCAGGACUAGAAGGCUGCUGCCUCAGGUUCCUCCAGACAAGGUGGAAAGUGCCACUCCAAGCAUCCUGAUACGGCAUGAAUCCUACCAAGGUCAUAGAUCUGUGGAUAGAGUUUAUGUUCCUCCCUGUUCCCAAGACUCCACCCAGCGCCUAGCCGUUCAGGAUGACGUGGACCCAGACAGUCUCAGCGAUGCCAGUCGCUCUGAGGAUGGACCCGCUCUGGUUAAUGCAAAGAAAAUUGAUGUAAUUACUGGAAACAUGUCCCCAGUUGCUCCUGGCUAUCAGUUUAAAGUUCAGGAGAAAGUUUCUCCAACCAACAAAUCCACCUUCUUCUACAUUGGUGCUGAGGAUCAUCCAGGCAAGCCUGAACAGGCCCGAAGCCCCAUACAGGGUGAGAGGACUCAAGACCCUCCGGUUAAAACUCCUCCAACAACAGUCUUGAUCCGUCAUUUGAGUGGACAUGAACCCAGAAGGACAGGCGUCAAACCCAACAACUCUGCUCCAAACCUCCAAACGCAAGAUAAAGACUCUGUUCCUACAAAAGACAGCUAUAUCGUCCGUCAAGAAAGUUUCACCAAAGACCGACCCAGUGACACCAUCCAGAUGAAGAACCUUCCCCACAUCUCCAGCCACCCUUCCAUUAGAGAUAUGGAGCAGAGCAUCCAGGAAACACAGCCCUUCCUUCAGGAGACAGAGGGAACGCUGUCCUCUCUGGAAACCAAGGUUCCUUCUUCUGGUUCUGGUCGUAGUUCAAAGAAAGAGGGCUCCUCCACCCACAUGGAUGAUUCUUUCUCUGGUGAGUCAGAUGUGGAUACAGCUAGCACUGUGAGUCAGGUGAGUAGCAAAAAUGCUCCUGUUAGCUCCACAUCUAAAAAGCGACCUGCCAUAAGCAGUUUUCAGAAGGAGAAGUCCUCUUCUAGCCCUUCUAUCCAAGAAAAGGGUCGACAGCUAAGUGCUCGAGAGCGGCUUUCGGAGAAACGACGCACACAGACAACAACUGACGUGCCAAGCAAGGCAGAGGCAACAAAGCGUUUCCAGAUGCGCCGCAGUACAGGAAACCGUGGCUCUCUGGAUUUAUCUGAAGGUCAACAAGGUACUGCACCUAACCGGACUGAAACUACUUCAUCUGAUCAUGAAAUUUCACAUCCAUCCAGCCGUACCAAGAAAGUUAUUGCCCCUCUACAGAAAGAGGACAAUGGAAAGACACCUAAGUCAGCAGGUCAACAGGUUUUAACUCGUUCCAACAGCCUGUCAGCACCAAGGCCAACUCGAGCAUCCAUGCUGCGACGCGCUCGCCUCGGUGACGCCUCAGACAAUGAGGGCACAGAGACCGAUCGGACCUCCCAGAACUCUGAUCACAUUUCCGCACCCCCUAAAGUUUCAGCUGAAGGUAAGAAGCUGUCCAGACUGGACAUCUUGGCGAUGCCCAGGAAGAGAACUGGCUCAUUUACGACUCCAAGUGACAACGAGUCCUCGACAAGUCGGUCUGGCUUCUCUGGUCGCAACAGUGAGCCAGCUGUCACAGCAAGGAAGACGUCUGUUGGUGAUGCUCGCCAGGCAGCCAGUAAAGGGGGCGGAGCUCCGGUGAAGCAAACACUGUCACGUACUCGAUCAAGCGGAGUGAAGCACCCCAGCAGUGGGUCACGUCGCAAACAGAAGGGCUCAGACUUCUCAUCUUCCUCUGAGGAAGAAUACGACACAAACACUGGCUUCUCCAAAGCGAAGCGAUCCUCCCAUUCAACGACCGCUGGCCAGUCACAGCGCAGCCAGAGGACAGCCGCCAGCAGAACCAAGUCUGUUUCCCUGGAAACCGAGGAGGAAGAGGACCAGAACGACAUCGACCCGUACCAGAACUGGUCCACUCACAGUGCUGAGAUUGCCAAGCUCAGUCAGGACCUGGCCAAAGAUCUGGCCAUCUUGGCCAAGGAGAUCCAUGACGUCGCUGGGGACGGGGAUCCUCCGCCCACCGCCACCUCCCCUAGCUCACUCCCCAACACGCCAGGCUCCACCAUCUCUGCCCGGGAGGAGGUUGAUCUGCAGGAGCUUCAUUCUGCUUCAGACUCUUACAACCUUUCAUAUGUUUGUUCUUCUGCAAAGACGCCAUGUGUUGCAUAUCUCCACGGGGUUCGACCGGCUCAGCUGGUCCAUCGUAUUCCUGAGGCCAGCUUAAACUUCCAGAAGGUUCCUCCAGGUUCUGCGGCCAUCUUGGACCUGGACGCUAAUAUGAAUGAGGCAGAGCCCAGCUCUUUGCAACGCCGUCCGUGGAACCGUGAAGAGGUGAUCCUGGACAACCUGAUGCUGAACCCGGUUUCCCAGCUGUCCCAGGCCAUCCGGGAAAACACAGAGCAGCUGGCCGAGAAGAUGAAGGUUUUGUUCCAGAACAAAGCAGAUGUAUGGGAGGAGAUCGAGGCCAAGAUCAACACCGAGAAUGAAGUCCCCAUUUUAAAAACCUCCAACAAGGAAAUUACCUCCAUUUUGAAGGAACUGAGACGAGUCCAAAGGCAGCUGGAAGUCAUAAAUACCAUCGUGGAGCCCGGUGGGAGUCUUCAGGCGGCCGCCAUCUCAACACCGUCUCUGACUCAAACUCGCCAAACCACGAAGGAGAAGAAACCCGCUACCAGAACCAGAACCUCCAACGCCAACGAAAGCACCAAGCGACCGCCUCGUGGGUCUGAUGGGUCCCACCACGCGCCCUGAGCGGGCAGCCGUAGCACAUCGGGACAGACGUUGUGCAUCCAUGCCACUGCGGCGUGAGCCGGAGCCGGAGUCCCUCUGGGCGCUGUGUUUGGACCGGCGGUGGUGUGGAUGCGCUGGACCUGUCCAGAACAAACCGCCCAUCUGUGCCCAGUGAUUUCAUCAGAACAUCGUGAUUGGCCACAGUGUAUCUUCGUAGAGCUGCUUUCUCGUCGCACAAGCUCAACCAAACUUAGUCAACGCUACAAAAUCAAGCAGCUGCUCUGACCACGGCGCUCCGCAGACAGAACUGUACAGAGAAUUAUUAAUAACUUUGUGCUUUGACGAUCUGUUGUGUUGCAUUUGAACAGAGGAUAGAAACGUU